GUGUGUCGCGCUUGGAAGGCCGGGACGUGCACGAGAGGUGCCAAAUGCCGAUUUCUGCAUACUAUUGAAGAGCAUCUUGAAGAUGUAUCUCGCCAACAAAUGGAAACAGAAGCAAACCUAGCUGCGCAGGUUCGCGCAGCCGAGAUUGCCAAAGCUCGUGCAGUUGAGAUUGCUGAAGCUCGCGCGACCGAGAUUGCCAAACUUCGUGCAGCUGAGAUUGCUGAAGCUCGUGCAGCUGAGAUUGCCAAAGCUCGUGCAGCUGAGAUUGUCAAAGCUCGCGCAGCUGAGAUUGCCAAAGCUCGUGCAGCUGAAAUUGCCAAAGCUCGUGCAGCUGAAAUUGCCAAAGCUCGUGCAGCCGAAAUUGCCAAAGAAGCCGCUGCGAAGACAGUCCAGAGCGUUGUGCUUGGAUCCAUCGUAACAUUCAGCGCAGGCCUUGAAUUAUCUCACAUAAUCACCGGAUUCGAGUGCUGCACCUUGCAUAUUGCAAAUCUGCCUCCCAAUGUGCGGGAAGACGAAAUCACUGCGCUGUUCACAAGCCGAGGCCUUGAUCGAGGGCGCUUCCACCUUGUUAGCGUCAAGCCCAUGCCAGGUAGCGGAAAGCUUAGCGCUGAAAUCAUCACAGACGCUGAGUCCGGGCAAGCACUCUCGGUUGACCUCGGUGGCCUCGAGUUUAGGGAUGAAGUUCUGACUCUCGAAGUAUCAGGCUACAACAGUCCCGGAAGUAUGUCCGCGACGACUGAACGCGACAGUAAUGUCCUUACGAUAUCCUGGCGUGUCCCUUCCGUGCGCUAUGUCGCAGAGUACCCUGUUACGGUCAAUGUGACUGCGAAAGCGCGGGAACUGAACCGCCAGAUGUGCUCUGGGCGCCGGGUCAAAGCUGAGGUCAACACCAUGCCACCCGGUCGCUUCGUACCAACAUUUCACGACAACUCAGUCAAGAUUAGUUUCCUUCCGCCGACUGUCUCUGACGGAGAAGUUGAAAGAUUCUCUGGCUCAGACGAUGUCAGGCGGUUGGCUGUGAAGGGUGGGGUUUUCAGCGAUGACGUCGGCCAUAUCGCUACCACAUUGCGGGAUGAUAUCGAAUGCAUCUCUCCUGGAACCCUAAGGUCGCUGGAGCCACUGCUGCCGACUCCAAACCCUGAUGGUAUCGUUCUAGUCCGUGCGCAGUUUUCUUCUUGGGAGGACGCGGACGCGGUGCACACCCGUCUUCUUAACCAUCGCAUCGGGAACGUGUCUUUCUUGUUCCGGCUCCCGAAUCCCACACAAUACUCGAUUACUAUCUCCACUGAGCAGUUCCGUGCACAAAAGUCUUUGUGGGAUGCCUUGAUUGGUGGCAUCAAGGACAAGCGUUCGUGUAUGCUGCACAUUCAUGAGCAGGGACCCGUUGUCCGGAUGCGCUUGUCCGGCUCCAAGAAAGAGGCCAUGGGCGCACUUAAAGUUAGAGCGGAAGGCCUGAUUGCAGGCGAGAAGGUGGAAGGGUGGCACAUGACACUCGGAUAUCCAAACAACAAGUUCUUGCGUUCGGUUUUUGACGACACGGGCGCACUCCUACGUGCAGAUUGGAGACGACAGGUUUUGAAAGUUUAUGGAGAACCAAAAGCUGUUGACCAGGCUCGUGAGCUGAUCAAAGCCAAGCUAGAGCAGCUCUCGUCCCUCGAGUAUACCAAAGUACUCGCGAAACAGUCCGUUCGAUUUUUCCUCAAACAUGGAAUCCCAGAGCUGAAGGAAACCUUUGGAGAAGACAACGUUAAAUUUGUUAUAUCUGCGCGUAAAAUCACAAUCUCGGGUGGCGAGGAAGCUCGACACGCCCUUGAGCGCUUGAUUCAAGGAUCGCUCAGUGGACCACAGAUCCUCCCGGACCCGUCGGGACAGCAGUCCUGCCCUAUCUGCUAUGAUGACAUAUCCGCCCCACUUCGUCUUGGUUGUGGGCACAUCUACUGUGCUCCUUGCAUGCGUCAUUUCUUGACAUCCGCUUUGGACUCUGGUCAGUUUCCACUCACGUGCAUGGGUGAUGAAUCCCAGUGUAAAGUCCCCAUUCCUAUUCCCACCAUCCAACAAUUCCUCCCUCAAACUUCCUUCAACCGCCUGCUGGAAGUAGUGUUCAACACGCAUAUAUCUCGGCAUCCACAGGAAUUCAAAUAUUGCAAGACACCAGACUGCAAUCAGAUCUACCGUUCCACCGACCCUAACACUACGGCCGCGGGUGGCCAGUGCCCUUCAUGUUUCUCAAACAUAUGUACAUCGUGCCACGAGGAUGGCCACGACGGCAUGAGCUGUGCCGACUACAAGCGAACCGGACGCGUUGCUGAGGAGGAGCGACAAACGGAGGCAUGGCUCGCAGCUCAAGGUGGACGCGUAAAGAAAUGCCCAACUUGUCAAGCGCUGAUCGAGAAAGUGGAUGGCUGCAAUCACAUGACCUGUACACAGUGCAAGAGCCAUAUCUGUUGGCGAUGCAUGGGUGUCUUUUCUGCCGAUACCAUAUACACACACAUGAGGAGUGAACAUGGCACGAUCUACGACGAGAAUCCCGUUGAUGAGCCUGUCAAUGUACAAGAACAGCAGUGGCUGUUCGGAUUGGCAGCGCAGCAACGUCAGCAGCAGGAAGAGCUGCGAAGGAGGGUAGACGCGGCGAGACGGGAUGCGGAGGAGAUGCGAUUGGCAAACGUGGGAGAAGCCGCGAGACGUGAGGCAGCAACAAGAUUGGACGAGGCGAGACGAGUGGCAGACGCGAGACGAAUAGUAGAGGCGAGGAUAGAAGCAACGAGAUUGGAAGAGGCGAGACGAGUGGCAUACGCAAGGAGAGAAAUAGCGAGACGGACUGCUUUGGAAAAUUACCACCAAGACGCGCCACAGUGGGGCGUCCGGGCGCCGACGAGGGAACAAGAACGACCAGGCUGGGGUUGCACCAUCAUGUAA